UAGUGAAGCCUCAAGUAAGUUUUAGCCGCCCAGCAUGUGUAUGUUAAGUUUUAGAUACUCACUUAAUUAGUAUAACAUUGGAGUAUAAAAGUAAAUUGGGCUAAUAAAUACAGCAUGCAGAAAUUGACCUGGUGCACUGCUAGCUAUACGGGACCGACGAAAAAGCUCAUGUUCUUAACUCGUCCUUGACUCGCUUGUUUUUUUUUUUUUCUUCUUUUUUUAGCAUUAGCUUUAGGGAGUUAGCAUGUUACCAGAAGUCUAAAUUUUUCCCAGUAAACUUCACCUGGUAGUGACAAUAAACAGCUUGAAGUCUCUUUUUUGAAGAAUGGGCCUCACGCGGAACGUCACGUGACCAAACCGGAAAACAAGGUUGGCGGACUUCCUUUGUGUGGUUAGUGAUAACUAUGAUAACAACUGUACAGGGUGAUGACAUGAUGCAGUUUACAAACUGCUGUGAUGAGAUAAGAUUGUAGUUGGCUCGUACAAAUAUAACGUUAGAGGUUUAAAUUUAUAGCUACCAGUUAAGAUUACCUUCUUAUUGUUAGCUAACUACAGACAUACAACAUUCACACUAUUUACUACUUUUAGGUCACCGUAUCUUGUAUUUUAUUAUAAAUAAAAGUCACUAAGAUAACGUUACCAAACAGACAGAUUACAGACCUUUGUAGUCUCACAUAUAUAUGAUUAAGCAUCCAGCAUAAAACCUUUGUCCAUUUUCGUGGCUGGAGUUUCAGAUGUUGCCCUGCAAAUGCGAUGGAGAUCGGAUAUUGUCAUGUUUGGAAGCUCUUGAGGACAUCUUGUGUAAAACAACAGACAAUGUUGACAUUUAAUAUUUCUCCUGGUGCUUUGUCUCAGUGUCCUGCCACAAGGCUCUGCCAGUGACCUGAACUGGAAGGAAGUGCUUCGUUCUGUUUUGCCCAAUGCGGAAGUUGGUUGUGCAUAACUGCUAUUGUUUUCUAAUCCUACCUGCCAAACUGCUGCUUGUUGGGAAGUGAGUUGAGUCAGUCUUUGCUUUAAAGUCAAAGCAAAAAAAAAAAAAUAAUCCGAACGUCGGCUAGUAUCUCGAAAAACCCUUAACUCGGGUCACUUUUAUCUCAAGGCGCCACUGUAUAUAAAUUCUGUCAUACUUGUGCGGGUGGGGUUUAGUGCGUGAAGUGGAUCCCCUCGAGGAUCUUCUACCUCCUGGUAAUCAUGAGUGGCUCCAAGCCGGACAUCCUCUGGUCUCCCCACCACCCGGACCGCUACGUCAUCUGCGACUCGGAACUGGGCCUGUACCGCAUCGGUCCGGUGGGAGGCGCUGAGCUCAAGGCCGGUACCCUGCCCCUCUCUGGAGAGACGGCCGCCACUUUGCUGGCCAUCAACUCAGACACGCCCUACAUGAAGUGCGUGGCCUGGUACCCCAAGCAGGAGCCCGAGUGCCUGCUCGCCGUGGGCCAGGCCAACGGCAGGGUGGUGCUCACCAGCCUGGGUCAGAGCCACAACUCGGCAUGCAAGGAGCUGGUGGGCAAAGAGUUUGUGCCCAAGCACGCCCGCCAGUGCAACACCCUGGCAUGGAACCCGGUGGACAGCAACCUGCUGGCGGCCGGCUUGGAUAAACACCGGGCCGACUUCUCGGUUCUCAUCUGGGACAUCAGUUGCAAGUUCUCCCCAGAGGCCAGCGUCUCCGCCGAGAAGAUUCGCCUCUCCUCCUCCGACUUGGACCCGAGCUCAGUGGUGACCAAGCCGCUGUACGACCUGGGUCAGAACGACGCUUGUUUGUCCCUCUGCUGGCUCCUCCGGGAUUCGAAGCUCCUCUUGGCCGGCAUGCACCGCAACCUGGCCAUUUUUGACCUGAGGAACACCAGCCAGAAGACCUUCGUCAACACCAAAGCCAUCCAGGGGGUCACGGUGGACCCCCACUUUCCUGACCGCGUUGCCUCCUUCUUUGAGGGCCAGGUGGCCAUCUGGGACCUGAGGAAGUUCGAGAAGCCCGUGCUCACCCUUACAGAGCAGCCCAAGCCUCUAACCAAGGUAGCAUGGUGCCCAACCCGGACGGGCCUGCUGGCUACCCUGACGCGCGACAGCAACAUCAUCCGUCUGUACGACAUGCAGCACACGCCCACGCCCAUCGGAGACGAGACGGAGCCCACCAUCAUCGAGCGCAGCGUACAGCCUUGCGACGGCCUGAUCGGCACCUUCGCCUGGCACCCGUCCAGGCAGAACCGCAUGGUGGUGGUGUCGGCCGCCAACCGCGCCAUGACCGACUUCACCGUCUUCGAGCGCAUCUCGCUGGCGUGGAGCUCCACCACUUCACUCAUGUGGGCCUGCGGACGCCACCUGUACGAAUGCACUGAGGACGGCCCUGACGGUGCCCAGGGGCUCUUGGAGAAGGACAUCGCCACCAAGAUGAGGCAGAGGGCUCUGUCCAGGUACGGACACGACACCGUCCAGGUGUGGAGGAACCACCUGCUGGCUGGGGCCAACGAUUCCCAGCUCAAGUCUCUGUGGUUCGACCUCUUCUAUAUGAAGCAGUGUGCUGAGGACACGGAGCUGAAGCUGCAGGGGAACAAACAGGCCGUCGUCUACUCGGGUAUCAAGAACAUCGUCAAGACCAGCUCAGGCACUACAGAGAGCCGCAAGUGCUGGAGCGGCUCGGAGCGUCAGACGGAGGCAACCCGCUACCACAGUGAGGAGCGGGGCCUGGCGCUGCGCCUCUGUGGCUGGAUGGGGCGGGCGUCUGACGCGGACGUGGAGCCCUUCCUGCGCUCGCUCGAAGUGGAGCGCGAGUGGGAGCGAGCCGCAGCCGUGGCGCUCUUCAACUUGGACAUCCGCAGAGCCAUACAGAUCCUCAACAGGGGAGCCAUGGCUGAGAAGGGUGACCUGAAUCUCAACGUGGUGGCCAUGGCGCUCUCGGGAUACACGGACGAGAAGGCCUCGCUGUGGCGGGAGAUGUGCAGCUCGCUGAGGCUGCAGCUCAACAACCCCUACCUCUGCGUCAUGUUCGCUUUCCUCACCAGCGAACCCGGAGCCUACGACGGCGUGCUGUAUGAAAGCAGCGUCGCGGUACGUGACCGAGUCGCCUUUGCCUCCAUGUUCCUCAACGAUGCUCAGCUUCCUCGCUACGUGGACAAGCUGACCAACGAGAUGAAGGAGGCCGGAAACCUGGAGGGCAUCCUGCUGACGGGCCUGACCAAGGAUGGCGUGGACCUGAUGGAGAGCUACGUGGACCGAACCGGAGACGUCCAGACGGCUAGCUUCUGCAUGCUCAAGGGUUCCCCAGGUGAGGUACUGAAGGACCCCAGAGUUCAGUGUUGGAUCGAGAACUACCGCAACCUGCUGGACGCGUGGAGAUUCUGGCACAAGCGGGCAGAGUUUGACAUCCAUCGAGGCAAAUUAGACCCCAGCUCCAAACCUCUGGCCCAGGUGUUCGUUAGCUGCAACUUCUGCGGCAAGUCCAUCUCGUACAGCUGCUCCGCCAUGCCCCACCAGGGCCGCGGCUUCAGCCAGUACGGCGUGAGCGGCUCGCCCACCAAGUCCAAGGUGACCAGCUGCCCGGGGUGCCGCAAACCGCUGCCGCGUUGCGCCCUGUGCCUCAUGAACAUGGGGACGCCCGUGUCCAGCUGCGCCGGAACAGGGAAGUCUGACGACAAGGUCGACCUGACAAGGGAGAAUAAACUGGCUCAGUUCAACAACUGGUUCACCUGGUGUCACAACUGUCGCCAUGGCGGCCACGCUGGACACAUGCUGAGCUGGUUCAGGGACCACACGGAGUGCCCCGUGUCGGCGUGCACGUGUAAAUGCAUGCAGCUGGACACUACGGGCAACCUGGCGCCUUCGGACAGCAGCUAAAACUCAACCGGCCCAUCGGACCCGCACAUCCACUACUAAAAAGGGAAACUUAGUAAAAUUGCUGGCAAGGUCAACCUCUCAGGAGAGUCAACAAGCAAGUGGAAUGAAAUGGGCGUCUCACAAGCCCAAGAUGAUUCAGGCUCCAGUAAAGAAGUGAAAAAAUUUGAUCGUAGGUGCCAAACGUAUUAUUAUUAUUAUUUUUUUUUCCAACAUUCUAUUUAAUCAAAGGAUAUUCAAGUCGUCAUACCUCAUGAGAGCAUUGUUUGGAUGGAAUGCAAGGAAGUUGAGGAAAGCAGUUUGAACGCUUAUUCAAUAUCCUGGAUAUCCAUCUUAAGGUCCAUGUACUAGAUCACUCUUUGUCCUCACUAGUAGGACAAUUCAGCGAACUAGUAGAACGACUAUCUUACAAGUAAUGUUUUUCCACCACUACAUGUGCCAUUUUUGGCCAACUACUAUGUAAUUAGACCUAGUACUAGUAAACUGUGGCAAGCGGUUUGAGCAUUUAUUCGAUAUCCUUAAUAUCCAGUUUAAGGUCCAUGUACUAGUUCGCUCUUUGUCCUCACUAGUUGGACAAUUCAGAGGUCAAGUAGAACGACUAGGGCACACUCUUAGAACAACUCUUACUAGUAAAAUUUUCCAAAUACUAGUACACAUUAAAACCUUACUAGUAAUCUAUAGAAAACUGUUUCAGCAUUUAUUCGAUAUCCUCGAUAUCCAUCUUAGGGUCCAUGUAGUAGUUCACCCUUUGUCCUCACUAGUAGGACAAUUUAGCUCACUUGUAAAAUGACUGUGUCUUCCUAGUAUUUUUGUUUUCCUCUACUAGUGCCACUUUUGGCCAACUAGUCCACAGUUAAACUUUACUGGUAAACUAUGGAUAGCCUUUUGAGCAUUUAUUCGAUAUGUUUCAUAUCUAAAUGAAUGUUUUCCAAUUAUUAGGCUAGUGCUUUCCUACCUAGCCUUGUUGCAUGAACUGAUGAAGCCUGCUCGGAUGAGAGGCGAAACGUCUUCUAAGACAACCAGACCAGUCCAUUUGUGAUCGAUUCAAUGUCCUGAGAAUGAAAUGACCUGGAUGAAUGAGAAUAUUUACAGGCAAGGCAACUACGUUACCAGUGUAGCAAAACUACUAGUGGGCAUUUGGUGCUGAUACUAGUAGAGUCCAGGAGGGUGCUCAUGUUUGACACAUGCCUGCUAGCUAGGCCUACUAGUGUUACUAGUGCCGCACAGUAGUUUACUAGUAAGGUUUAAUUGCAAACUUUUUUUCUGGUAGCUAGUAAUCGAAUGCAUUAAUAUUUCCUGGCCUGUAAUCAGGUUAAAAUUAUUAUCCAAGUCACUGUGUGUUAACGUUGUUGUCAUUUUCCUUAGUAAAACCAUACACAGUUUUUGCUUUCUUCUCUUGUCUUGGGCAUCAAAGUGGAGAGAAAAUUGGAAUUGAUAUUUUAUUAGCUAUGUCAGUUUUAAAAACUGUCAUAAAUAUUAAGAUAAUACAAAUUCUGUGAAAGUUCAUUAAUAAGGACUCAGACUACCUGCACCCAACUUUCAAAAAUGCAAAAUGGUUUAUUCCACGGCUUGUUAGAGCGUCUGCCUCACAGUUCUGAGGACCGGGGUUCAAUCCCCGGCCCCGCCUGUGUGGAGUUUGCAUGUUCUCCCCGUGCCUGCGUGGGUUUUCUCCGGGCACUCUGGUUUCCUCCCACAUCCCAAAAACAUGCGUGGUAGGUUGAUUGAAGACUCUAAAUUGCCCGUAGGUGUGAAUGUGAGUGCGAAUGGUUGUUUGUUUCUAUGUGACUGCAAUUGGCUGGCAACCAGUUCAGGGUGUGCCUUCCCUCCUGCCCGAAGAUAGCUGGGAUAGGCUCCAGCACUCCCGCGACCCUAGUGAGGAUAAGCGGCUCAGAAAAUGGAUGGAUGGAUGGGUUUAUUCCACUUGGUAAGACUCACGACUAAAAACUAAGCAUCUCAUUCGUAGCUACACAGACAUGGAGGUACAAAGAGGGCUGCCACAAGAGAAAGGAGAAACAGGAGUGAAAGGAAGCUUAGACAGCCACGUGAUAACUAGGUUUUUUAAAUAAUUGAUGAAAUACCAUGGUUUUAAUCAUACCUCAAGUUUCAUGAAAAUUUGGUGUGUGUGUGUGUGUGUGCGCGCGCCGAGGAGCAGCUAACAUUAGCCUCUGCUGCUGUUUACUGUUUUAAAGAGCUUUGUCACACAAUAAACUAGGUGACAGCUACACUCGUUAUGUUACUGUAAGUGCUAUAUAUAUAUAUAUAUAUAUAUAUAUAUAUAUAUAUAAAAUGAAUUAGAAUACUUACAUUUUAUCCACAAAUAGUGGUUAUUUGAAUUGCAGUAAUUGAAUUUAAAUAAGAAAAUUUUCAUUUUUCCUGGUCAAAAAAAUGAAUGAGCAGAAGUUAAAAGAAAGAGCAAGAUAAAAUCACUACAAACAAGAUAAAGACUAUAAUAGAUACAAGAAAGAGAAGCGUUAGAGAGAAGCCAUUUUCUCACCUUCUUAGAUUGGCUGUGGUUGACCAAUAAUCAGCUCCCCACAAUCAAUUGCCUUAUUAGGGUGAAGGCUAAAUAUAUAUAUAUUUACGUCCGAUAAAGUAUUGGCAAAACCGGUUGUCAUUUUUAUGUUGAAGCAGUGUUGUCUGCAGCUGCUGAAUGUAACUUAAUAAAGUAACUUAUCUACCUUGAUUACGUUCAAAACCAAGUAAUCAGUCAAUUAACUCAGUCACUUUUUCAAGUUAACUGGCAACACUCGCCAUAAGUGGCACUAGUAGUGUAGAAAGUUACUAGUAAGACAGUUAUUCUCCGAGUGCGCCCUAGUAGUUCUAAGACUGCACUGAAUUGUAUUACUAGUGAGCCCAAAGAGCGUACAAGUACAUGGACUACUGGUGAAGCACUAGUAGAAUUCUAUAAUGCCACUAGUAGCAGUUUUCCCUCAUGGGUAUCAUGUUGUUGUCCUACUAUGCCAAAGUUGUUCUACUCAUGAGGACAUAGACCAACUUGUACAUGGACCUUAAGCGGGAUAUCAAGCAGCUUUCCGUAAAAGCUUGUUUGAGCGUUUGUCAUAUUUGAUAGGUCGUAGGUGGCACUAGUAUGGUUAAAAAAAAACUUUUUAGUAAGACAGUCAUUGUCUGCUGAAUUAAUUGUCUUACGAGUUUUGCUCCUUAAGUCUUUGAGGGUUUGUUUUCAGCUAGUUGUGAGAUAUAAUAUUUUGUCAUUAGAACACCAUACUGGAUUUGAUCACAAAAAGGCUAUAGACCUGUUACCUUUUGCCACAAAAACAGAGGUUAUUUGGGAAUAGGCUAUAUUGAGCCUAAAAACCUUUUUUAACCUUAAAGGGCUAUAUUUUGCCACUUAAGUAUAUUAAUGGAUAAUAAAUAAAUUUUAAACUGGUUAUGAGAUGUGAUAUUUUGCCAUUGGAACACCAUAUUUAAUCACAAAAAGACUAUAUUAGGCUAAGGAAUUAUGUUUUGCCUCUAAAACUAUUUGUUUCUGGAAAAGGGUGUAGUAAGCCAUGAAGAAAUAUAUAUAUAUUUGGCCUUAAAACUCUAUAUUUGGCCACUAAACAGUUUAAAGCCAUUGUAAAAGUUCCCAUUAAAACAUGGUAUUUGAUCACAAAAAUGCUACAUUAAACGAUUGAAAUGUUUUGUUUUGCCACAAAAACGCUUUGUUCGGGAAAAGUAUAUAAUAGGUCACAGAGAGGUAUUUUAUUUUUUUUUUAAUUAUUUUUUUUAGCAGUAGAAGGCUCUAUUUUGUCACGAAAAUUAUACAUUUUCAUUCAAACUGCUUGUGAAAUGUGAUAUUUUAAAAUGGAACACCAUAUGUGAUCACAAAAAGCCAGUUGUAUAUUCAUAUUAACACAUAGUAGGCCACAACUUUAGGUACACCUGCACAAUCUGCUUUCAUGAGCAACUUUCUCCACAAACCUUUUUUUCUCCCUGAAUGUGAGCAUUGUUGGCACUGAAGGACGGUACCCCAGGUGAAGCGCAUUUUUACUUCUUUUGGCAUUUUGAACAUUUUCAAGGGAGGGAUGUGUGUGUGUGUGUGGGGGGGGGGGGUGCCCGCAUUGAGCGACCCACUCCAGGGCUCGCGCUCCAUGAAAAGAAUCUCGCCGGAAAACAGCAGCUGCUCGGCACUCUGACAAGAAGAUUGCCCCCUUCUUGCUUCCCCCCUCCGCCUCUUAAUACAGGAGCUCAGCUGCCCAUUGAGUGAAAAACACAACCUUACACCCUCUCUUUCUUUCACACUCCCUCCAGUGCCCACAUUGCCCCCCGAAACUAUGCAUCAUCAGUCAGAGGACGGACGCCGUCUGCUCGGGCAUUGUGGCCAUAUUUUUUUUCCUUCCCUUUUUCUUUUCUCCGAUACCAACCCCAAGCAGGCCAGAACUGGAUAAAUCACUUUAGUCAUGGCCCUGCAGAUCUCUGAGGUUUUAUAUGCCCGUGUGGCCUUUGCCGAGCAUUUUGGACUGACAAAUUGGCGAAUGCCCGAUUCGAAUGUCACAGCCUUCGUUUAUUAGGCUUCUUCUUUGCCUUUGAAAUAAAUUCAAACACGUGAUGUGUGAGCGUUUUAUCUUCGAUCAAAUAUUGUGAAACAUGUUUGCAUGCGAGGGCUUUGACACGUGGUACAGCUAAAGACCAAAGAAAAAGCAAAUGCGCGACGUGAUUGGGGAUAGAAACUGUAAAAAUUAAGACUUGAAUGAAAUGAAGAAUAAAACUGGACUAUUAUAACUAAUAAAGGGGGGGGGGGGGGAGAUAGAUUUUUGCUUACAGUUCUAACUAGUUUCCCAUGUACAAUAAAUGCCAUGUUUUUUCCCAUUAAACAAGUUGCGUAAAAAUACAAUGGUUGAUCACAAAAGUUGUAUUUGUCACAAAAUAGCAAUACUUUUCCCCAUAUUUUGUCACAAGUGAUGAACUGGGCUAGCAGAGUGACUGAUUCCUAUGGAAAUGCAACAUUUUUCCAAAGACUGAUCACAAAAAGGUUGUAGUAUGCCUCAUGAAACAUCAUAU